AUGAAGUACUUUUCCAAGGGAAUGUUUUAUACAUUUUUCGUCCUAACAUACCUGGCACAGAUGAUAGAAGUCUUGAAUAUAUUUAUUACUAAAAGCCUCGUAGAUUCUGGAGAAACAGGGCUUGAGGAAGGCUUGGCAACAAACGAAAUGGCAAAGAGAGAUCAGGGUUACAGCAAUAGCAUCGAAAAGACAAUAGGGAAGAGAAGCGUAGAGUUGCUUGAAGAUGUUCUGGUACAUACCAUGCAUUUUUCAGCUAGUAUUUUGUUUUUUACGGAGGCUGGAAGACUAUUUAGCAUGAAGAUGGUUGGUGUAAUCUUUGGGCAAAUUUUUGACUUGGAGAUUGUAUUUCUCACCAUCAUAGUCUCUAUGCUGUCUCUGAAUGCCUUUACAGAAUAUGUUGUUUCCUCAAUAUACAAGAGUCCUUCAUUGGAAAUGAUUCUCGUAUGGUGCUUCUUUGGUGUUUUAUUUGUUAUUCCUAUACUCGUUUUUAUCUCCAUAAAGCUUCUGAAGAUCUUUGGAAUUGGCUUCAUAGUUUCAUGUUAUCUUUCUUAUUUCAUUAUGGAGAUAUCCGACAUCUUGUCCAUAUCGAAUGUAGACUUAUCUAAGAUGGAGAAGGUACCAGUAAGCGUGUUUUCCGAGAAUAUUCAAAGGCUUAUGAACGAUAGAGGGCUUUCAGACUCAAUCUACAAGGAAAGAAAGCCGGGGAAAAAUGUCAAUGCAGCCCUCAUAGGAAUUGGAAAUUCAGAAAGAAUAGAGAUUUAUGGAAAAGUAGAGAAUAUAGACGAUGGCCAGCUAGAAUCGAUAUUGAUCCACGAGGUGGGGCAUUCCUAUGACAGAAGUCUAAUCAAGAAGAUAUCAGUUUUUUUCCUUCUUCUAGGUCUCGAGAUGUUGUUUUUGAUAAUCCUGUAUGAUAGUGUAGCUAAAGAGUUUGUAUGGGAUAAUGUAUCGAAAGAAGGGUCGUUCACUGUGCUCAUGUGCCUGUACUUUGCAUCGAUUAGACCAUGGCUGUUUAUACUGUACAAUCUUACGUCUCAAAGUGCGGAGAUGUAUGCCGACCUUUUAACAAAGAAGUACAACUAUAAUAGAACGCUUGCAAGCACUCUGUACAAGAUAUCUGUGGAUUCCCUUGAUUUCUUGUCUCCAUCCUGGCUAUACAACAGCCUGAACUCCCUUCAUCCUAGUAUAAUGUCUAGAAUUGAGUAUCUAAGCAGCUAA